AUACUUGAAUAUGCGUUCCCCACUCCACUAAAAAAGUUUUGGACAACAAUUCAACAAACCUUCCACCUAUGAAAAAUCAUCCAAUAUACAAGUAGAUAUUUGACAGCAUUUGUUGACUUGUUCUUUCUACAGUCAUACUAUCUGGUCUACUUACCGUGUCAAAAAUGCUCUAACUCUCAAAUUCAAUUCAAUACUUAUUAACCCAGAAAUUCAUUUGCAAAUCCAAACCCAAAUCUAAAUAAAUACUUAUAUACCCAAAUCAAUUUGGAACAAAAUCUUAAAUUUCCCAAAUAAAAAUGAAGCAAAAUCUUACAAUUUCUUCAACUUUCAUCUUCAUCUUCUUCUUCUUCUUCACUCUUUCAGCUUCUGCAGAUAUUCCACUGGGUUCAACUCUUUCAGCUUCAACCCCAAAUCAAACAUGGCCUUCUCCAAACAACUCUUUCUCUCUCCGAUUUCUCCCAUUAAAUUCUUCCUCUUUCUCUCUCUCAAUCACCUAUGAUUCUCUUUCCAUUUGGUCUAUUUCCGCCGUCGCUGACUCCGCCGCAACUUUCUCGUUUCUCGCCGACGGGAAUCUCCGACUGCUUUCCGGCGCCGGUAAUCUGUUGUGGCAGUCGAAUACUUCGAAUUCCGGCGUUUCCCAUGCUACCCUUGAUGAUUCUGGUAAUUUUUCCCUCAAAAAUCGGUCUAAUUCGGUUGUUUGGUCUACUUUUGAUCAUCCCACUAAUACUAUUGUCCCAUCUCAGAAUUUUAAUGUUGGGAUGGUUUUAUCAUCUGGGUUGUAUUCUUUUACUUUGAAUAGAACUGGGAAUUUAACUUUACAGUGGAAUAAAGAUAUUGUUUAUUGGAGUUUAGGGUUGAAUGAUACUGUUAGUAGUAAUUUGAGUAACCCUAGAUUACAGCUUCAAUCAAUUGGGAUUUUGUCACUUAAUGAUGGCAAUUUAACUGGUUCUGUGAUUAUGGCUUAUGGGAGUGAUUAUGCUGAAUCUGGGGAUAUUUUGAGGUUUUUAAGGUUGGAUAAUGAUGGGAAUCUGAGGAUUUAUAGUUCUAGUAAAGGUAGUGGGAGUGCUACUGUGAGAUGGACUGCUGUUAGUGAUCAAUGUCAGGUUUUUGGUUAUUGUGGUAAUAUGGGAAUUUGUAGUUACAAUGAUACUAGUCCUGUGUGUGGUUGUCCGUCGGAGAAUUUCGUUUCGGUUGAUCCGAAUGAUAGUAAGAAAGGGUGUAAGUUGAAGAGGGAGAUUAAGGAUUGUCCUGGGAGUGUCGCGAUGUUGCAGAUGGAGCAUACUAAGUUCCUGACGUAUGCUCCUGAGACUUUGAAUGAUGUCUACUUUGUGGGUAUUUCGGCUUGUAGGGGUAAUUGUCUUUCGGGUAGUUCUUGUGUGGCUUCGACUACUUUAGCUGAUGGAUCGGGGCAGUGUUAUAUUAAGACAUCGAGGUUUGUGAGUGGAUAUGAGUCUGCAGCUCUACCUAGCACCUCGUAUGUGAAGGUUUGUGCCCCAGCCGAACCAAAUGCCCCUCCUUCCUCUGAGGACGGAGGAGGAAAGGAGAAGCUGCAAGGUUGGAUCAUUGCAGUGGUUGUUCUAGGCACCCUUGUUGGAUUGAUACUAUUAGAAGGAAGUCUUUGGUGGUGGUGCUGUAGAAAGAGUCCUAAGUUUGGAGGUUUGUCAGCUCAAUAUGCCCUUCUCGAGUAUGCAUCAGGUGCACCUGUACAGUUUUCAUACAAAGACCUCCAGCAGGCUACAAGGAACUUCAAGGAGAAGCUUGGUGCAGGAGGUUUUGGGGCGGUUUACAAGGGCAUCCUUGCCAAUAGAACUGUUGCUGCAGUGAAGCAGCUUGAAGGUAUUGAACAGGGGGAAAAACAAUUUAGAAUGGAGGUUGCUACGAUCAGUAGCACCCAUCAUUUGAAUCUGGUUAGGUUGAUAGGCUUUUGCUCUGAGGGGAAACAUAGGCUUUUGGUUUACGAGUUCAUGAAAAAUGGCUCUCUUGAUAGUUUCCUCUUUGCAACAGAGGAUGAAUCAGGAAGACUCUUAAGUUGGGAGCAUCGGUUCAAUAUCGCCCUCGGAACUGCAAGAGGAAUUACUUAUCUUCAUGAGGAAUGUCGGGAUUGCAUUGUACACUGUGAUAUAAAGCCAGAAAACAUUCUCUUAGAUGAUAACUACAAUGCCAAAGUUUCAGACUUUGGCCUUGCAAAGCUCGUUAACCCAAAAGACCAUAGAUACCGCACCCUCACAAGUGUAAGAGGUACAAGAGGAUAUUUAGCACCUGAAUGGCUUGCUAAUCUUCCAAUAACUUCAAAAUCUGAUGUUUAUAGUUUUGGUAUGGUGUUGUUGGAGAUAGUGAGUGGCAGAAGAAACUUUGAAGUGUCAAACGAAACAGACAGGAAGAAGUUCUCGAUUUGGGCAUAUGAGGAGUUUGAGAAGGGAAAGGUGAGAAAUAUACUAGACAGGAGGCUUGCUGACUUAGCUGUGGAUAUGGAUCAAGUGACAAGAGCAAUUCAAGUUAGCUUUUGGUGUAUACAAGAGCAGCCAUCUCAAAGGCCUAUGAUGGGUAAAGUUGUGCAGAUGUUGGAAGGGAUUAUGGCGAUUGAAAAGCCUCCGGCCCCAAAGGCAGCCCCGGAAGGUUCAAUCAGCGGGACUAGCUUGAAUAUGAGCGGUAGUAUUAGCGCUCUUUCCACAUUUGCCACUUCAGCCCCUGGUCCCUCGUCAUCAUCCUCAUUCCAAACUCCUUUAGCUCAAUCUUCUAUGAGUGUGGAGAGGCAUACUUCAUCCCUAAUUCCUAGAGAGACAACCUCUGAACCUCAUAAUCAUUGAGUGUUUUUGUUGCUCAUGUAAGAUGUAUGACAGUAGUUAAAAUCCCAUUAUAACUUAAGUUGUUGUAAAUUGUGGAAGUUCUGUAAUUAUCCUUGUGUAAGAGUUAAUUGCUCUGUUCGCUUUGAGUAAAUCUUCAAUACAACCAAGUUGUUGAUGGGAUCAAUAUCAAAUUAUCAAUGGUAAUGCAUUAUCAAAACAGUUGUGCAA